UCGCGUCAUUGGUGCUGGAAUGUAAGUCCAAGCGAGUCGCAUAAUCUUUUACUCUAGGACCAUAUGUCCCUGGACAUGAAAUGGGCCGAAUUAUUAUAGCGCAGUAUACAUGUACCGUCGUGAUCCUUAAGAAACAGCGUUGACUCCAUAUAGGUCACGUACCGGCACGAAGACUUUCAACGAAGCUCUCACCAUUCUUCUCGAUGGCCCCGUCCACGACUCCGGGAUCUAGUCCCUUGGGGGCCUAAUUAUUCAAAUAAAAGCUUGGCUCGAUAUCAUGGAGCUCGCUCCGAAGGCGCAGACGUUCUCUGAGCAGAAGAAGCUUGAUUGGCUCAUCUCGGAGGUGCUCGACGGCUACGUUGCAACCAUGGACUGCCCCGCUGCGACUCUCACCCCUGAAAUCAUGCGCGUCUAUCCCGACGCCAUAGUAAUAGCAACGACUAGAGAGGAAAGGUCCUGGUGGAAGAGUAUGAACUAUCUGAAUAGUCUAAUGGGGACGUGGUAUCUCCCUAUCGUGGUCUUAUGGUUGCAUAAGACUCAAGUUUACGGAGUUUGGCGUGAACGCUUCCAUCAAAUUAUGAAAUGGCGCUACCACCAGGAUAAGAUCGAGGAGGACACGCUUCGCAGGCACGAGGAGCAUCUAAGGCAGGUCGUACCUCCAGAGAAGCUGUUCUUUUACAAAGUCAGCCAAGGGUGGGAGCCUCUAUGCAAAAUCCUGAACGUUCCUGUACCUGAUCGUCCGUUCCCGCAUAAUAAUAGCAAAGGCGACGCAGCGCAAACGUUCCGGGAUCACGUAACAGCAGAUUGUUUAUCAUGGUUUUUUAUGCUUAUGCUUAUCAGCAUGGCCGUUUGGCUCGUCAGAGGAUGGCUUCUUCAACCAUUUUCUUGAUCCACACAGGUCGGAGACAGGUUAGAAGCGACACUGAAUGUCGAUUCGCUAAUAUCUAAUGUCCGCAUACUAUUCAAUUGGCUGUAUAUAUCUAAAAUCAGGCUGCCUUCGUAAAAUAACCCAAGUAGCUGUUGAUAAUAAAUCUUAGACCUAGGAGUCCAAUAAACCAA